AUGGCAGCCAACGAAUACUAUCACUCCAAUAUCCCUAGCCCACCAAGCUACGAUCAGAUCAAUCCAGCACAUCAAGACCAUGCAACUUCUUUCGCCCCUGGAUACGGCUAUGCUGCCCCCAACUUGGCCAACCGCGACGACCAUUCCGCCCCCUAUCACAACCGCGAGAGUCAACAAUCACUUGCAUCAGAAAAUGGCGCCUACCAGACAACUGGCCGAGUCGGAGAAGGCGAUCACUACGCAGAAAAUAUUCCAUUAAAAGCUCAAACACAGUAUGGGAACAAUCCAGACUGGAUGCAUCAGCAAACUCAAUACCCGCCGCAAUCACCAGGGGCCCUGGAGGACUCCCGGCGGGGACAGAACAGACGGAAGAAGGGAUUCUUCCAAAAAAAGCCCGCAUGGGUAACCUGGACUCUCACACUGGUUCAGAUCGUCGUGUUUAUCGUGGAACUCGUCAAGGCCGCCGAGUUUACUGGCUCACCUAUCGAAACCAAACCCUCCUUUAACGUGAUGAUCGGCCCCUCCUCCUACGUUCAGAUCUGGAUGGGUGCCCGCUACGAUCCCUGCAUGAAAAAUAUCCCCGGCAUUCAAAACGCCAAUGAGACUAUCUACUUCCCGUGCCCGAAUGCCACGUCGACUGCAUCCGAAUGCACCCUCUCGGAGGCAUGUGGCUUUAACGGUGUUCCCAAUAAUCAUGCCUAUGGCAGUCUUGAUGAUACUCCCGCCCCGAAUCAGUGGUGGCGCUUCAUCACACCCAUGUUUAUUCACGCUGGAUUCAUUCACAUUGGGUGCAAUCUGUUGGUGCAGAUGACCAUGGGUGCCGAGAUGGAACGGAUGAUUGGAAUCUGGAGAUAUACACUCGUUUACUUUGCCAGUGGUAUAUUUGGGUUCGUGCUGGGCGGAAACUACGCCGCUCAGUUAGAGGCUAGUGACGGCUGCUCGGGUGCCUUAUUUGGUAUUAUGGCUCUCCAGUUGCUGGACUUGCUGUAUGACUGGCCCAACCGCCCAUCUCCCUGGGUGGAACUUCUCAUCAUGGUUCUGGGUGUGGCCAUUUCAUUUGUGCUUGGUCUUCUUCCCGGUCUUGACAACUUUUCCCAUAUCGGUGGUUUCACUAUGGGUCUCGCUCUAGGCUUGACUAUCUUGCGAUCCCCCAAUGCUCUUCGGGAACGUAUUGGUCUAGCCCGCCAGCCGUAUGUUGCCAUGUCUGGUGGCGCUGGUCCUGAUAGCCCGGAGGGCAGGAAAACCACCUCGUUAAUGGACUUCUUCAAAGGCAAGGGGAAUAAGAUCGCGCCGAACGGUGAUGCCAAUGCCGGUGUACCAAAGGGUCCCUUGGCGUUCUUCAAGGAUCGGAAGCCCUUAUGGUGGGCAUGGUGGUUGGUCCGUACUGGCGCUCUCGUCGCUGUACUGGUUGGAUUUAUUCUGCUUAUCAUUGAUUUCUACAAAUACCCCUCUUCGAACUGCUCUUGGUGCUACCGUCUGAGCUGUCUGCCUGUUCACGGUUGGUGCAAGGAAGGUACCCUACAGCUUACAAGCACAUCCGGUAGCUCAUAA